AUGGCAGGAUCUACUAAAAAGGCCCGACGCGAGGAGGACACGGCUACCCUAUCCGUGUCAGCCGAAACUGUGUCCCUUGUCCAUGCUUUCCUGCAUACUCAUACACCCAAGCUUGCGCCGAAGUUUGCGUCCAAGUAUCCUAACUUGGCUCUUGAAGACCAAGCGGGAAAUGCUGAUGCGUUAUCGAAUGCGCUAGUAAGUCUAGUGAAGACGGCCGUAUCUGUUCCCAAGUCAGAGCUGAGCGUACUUUUGCGCACAGAUGACGAAGAAGAAGAAGAAGCAGAAGACCGCGUGAAAGAGCGCAAGAUGCCGAAAGAGAAGAAGGACAAAAAGGAAAAGAAAGAGAAGAAGGAGAAGAAGAAAAAAUCCGAGGAAGCUGAGGCCAAGAAUAAGCCUGAAGAAGUGGAUGCUAAUGUCUCUAUACCUGCACCAGCUGCGCCUGAGGCUGUCGUAGAAGAGACGAUGGAAGUCGAAGUGCCAGCUCCUCAGCCUAAAAAGAAGGGACCUGUUCAGGGCCAGCGGUUCCAGCGCGUGAAAUCGGAAAAUGUCGUGUUUCUGGAUGAACGUCUUAAAGAUAUGAGCUAUGAUGCCAAAUCUGGCGCUGGAGAUUGGGGUGCCAAGGCCAGCGCCGAUCUCAUUGUGACGCGAGGGAAGGCGUUUACGAAGGAAAAGAACAAGAAGAAGCGCGGAAGUUACCGUGGUGGUCUUAUUGAUCAGGGAUCACACUCUAUCAAAUUUACAUACGACGAUGAAGAGUGA